AUGUUGCCGCUAGCACUUGUUCUGUUCCUCCUCAAGUGUCACAUUGUCUCUUCAGCAUCCAUCGUCAAUACCCUGCCGGGCUUGUCCGGUGAACUCCCGUUCAAACUUGAAACCGGGUACCUGGGGGUGGGCGAUUCAGAUGAUGUGCAGCUCUUUUAUUACUUCAUUGAGUCGGAGAGAAAUCCCAAGGAAGAUCCUCUAGUGCUUUGGCUCACCAGAGGUCCACUGGUAUUUAACUACGCAAAUUCUAGUGGGAACCAACCAACUUUUUUGUUAAAUCCAUACUCAUGGACAAAGCUUGCGAAUAUAAUAUUUUUGGAUCAACCUGUUGGUACUGGAUUCUCAUAUGCAAAAAGUUCUCAAGGAUACAUGACAGGUGAUGCAUUAUCAGCAGCGCAAACUUAUGAAUUUCUAAGGAAGUGGAUUAAAGAUCACCCUCAAUUUCUGAAAAAUCCACUAUACAUUGGUGGUGAUUCAUAUUCAGGCAUGACCGUUCCCAUCAUUACUCAAGAAGUGUCCGAAGGAAAUGAGGUUGGGCGUGAACCACCAAUGAAUCUCAAAGCCCGCAGCUUUACAGCCUUAAAGGAGCACAACUAA